AUGUCUCUUACUCUAGGUGCCGCUAUCUACAUUGCUUUGAAACCAAUUUUUAAAAUAUACACCAUUAUAUUUGUUGGGUUUUUAUUGGCUAAGUUUGAUAUCGUUUCCAUGGAAAAUUCUAAGGGUAUAUCAAAUAUGGUCGUUAAUGCAAUCUUACCUUGCCUAACAUUCAACAAAAUUGUAGCCAAUAUUUCAUGGGAGGACAUCAAAGAGAUCGGAGUGAUAAUCCUUUCAGCCUUCGUUUUGUUUGUUUUAGGUGCCACAGGUGCUAUAUUUACGAUAUUUGUUACAACAGUUCCUAAAAAAUUUUUUUGGGGCCUCAUAUUUGCAGGCUUCUUUCCUAAUAUAUCAGAUUUACCUAUUGCUUAUGUACAGAGCAUGGGAAACGGUUCUAUAUUUACCGCUGACGAAGCUGACAAAGGCGUUGCUUACUCGUGUAUCUUUUUAUUUAUUCAAAGUUUCCUAAUGAUGAAUUUUGGAAUGUGGAGGGUAGUCGGACUAGAUUUUAGAGAUGGAGGAAAACGAGAUGGAGAAAAUGCUCCUCCAGCUGCAAGUCCUGUUACCGAAGAGUACGAACUUACCGGGGCCUCGAAAAUAGAGAAUAUUGUACGUCCUUUAAACACUUACCAGUCGAAGGAAAAGAUAAGUAAUAGCGAUUUGUCUUUGAAUUCAAUAGCGACAAAUGAUAUGACAUCUCAAGAAUCUUACGAAAAUCCAAGCGGCUACAUCAAGCCUUACAAAGGGGUAUCCCUUCGGGCUUCCAAUGACGGAUCCUUUAAGUCCAAAAAUAAUCCGCCACACACUGAAAUAUAUAGGACGUCCUCAGCUUUUUCAAGCCCUGGUGCCCUGGAGAUGUCGAGAAUAAAGGAGAAGUCUUCAUUACACGACCUCGCAUCCAUUCGCAGCAGCCGCGGAAGUUCGAGUUAUAUGAGGCAAAGAAGACCAGUCGUGAAUGAACUCAUUUCAAAAUAUAGCGCUGUUGACAAGAUUAAAAAGGGAGAGCUAGAUCUGUCAAGACCACUUUCUUUGACGGAAGAAGUUGGUAGUAAAAAUGCAAGUAUUGGAAAUGCGUCCGCCGACACUACCAAUGAUGAAUUCAACAAUGAAGAAAACUACACUAGCGACAAUAGAAGCGUCAGUGACAAAAAAAGCAAUAUAUCCGCGUUCAUAGAAAGGCAUAAUCUUAAAUGGUUACAGUAUUUUAUUAUAAAUUGCCUGAGACCAGCAUCUCUGGGAGCCAUACUAGGCAUUUUAUGCGCCCUAAUUCCCUGGGUGAAGGCAUGUUUCGUAUCAACAUAUGUCCAUGUUCAUAAAGCACCUGACGGAGAGCCCGUAUUAAAUUUUCUCAUGGAUUUCACAGAAUACAUUGGAAAUGCGUGUGUUCCAUUAGGACUUUUAUUGUUGGGCGGUACUUUAGCAAGGUUAGAAAUCAAAUCACUACCCCCUGGGUUUAUAAAAUCGGCAAUAUUAAUGACAUGCUUUCGGUUAAUUGUCAUUCCUAUUAUCGGUGUUCUUUGGGUAAAUAAAUUGUAUUCUAUUAAAUGGUUAGAUACGCCAAUUGGGAAGUUCGAUAUGAUCUUGACAUGGUCAAUGCCUAGUGCCACUGCCCAGGUUUAUUUCACGGCCUUUUAUACGCCUGCGUGUGGAGAGCAUAUUCAAAUGAACUGUUUAUCAGUCUUAUUUGUCAUACAGUACGCAGUUCUUUUCAUCACUGUAGCGUUUGUUGUUACGUACACUUUGAAAGUAGACCUAAAAGUUUAA